AUGGUCUCUGGUACUAUGAAGGCUCUCGUCUACGACGAGCCCCGCAAGUUCUCGGUCAAGCAGGUGCCCAUCCCCCAGAUCAACGACGAUGAGAUCCUCCUCAAGAUCCUCAUCUGUGGUUUCUGCGGCACGGACGGCCACAUCCACGAGGGUGACUUCAACCCCAAGUUCCCCCUCAUCCCUGGCCACGAGGGUGUCGGCACCGUCGUCGAGAUGGGCAAGAACGUCGAGGGCUUCAAGAUUGGCGACCGUGUCGCUGCCGAUGUCGGAACCAACUGCGGUCACUGCCACUACUGCCGCCGUGGCGAGCCCCUGCUCUGCACCAACUUUGAGGCUGCCGGUGUGCGCCUUGACGGCGCGUUUGCCGAGUACAUCAAGUACCCCUUCUCCAAGUGUUCGGUCAUCACCAAGCUGUCGGACGAGGACGCCACACUGCUCGAGCCGGCCUCGUGCGCCGUGCACGGCAUGGACAAGCUCAAGAUGCCCUUUGGCUCCAAGUGUCUGCUCAUCGGCGCCGGUCCCACGGGUCUCAUUCUCGCCCAGCUGAUGAAGAUUGGCGGAGCGUCGUCGGUCACCAUCGCCGCCAACGCGGGCCUCAAGAUGGACCUGGCGCGCAAGAUUGGCGCCGCCGACCACUACAUUGACUUGGACCGCACCAACGCCACGUCGCAGUGGGCCCAGAUCAAAAAGGACAACCCGUACGGCUUUGACGUCGUGGCCGAGUGCACCGGUGUCGAGAGCAUCAUCAACGACUCUAUCAACUAUGUCGCGCGUGGCGGCACGCUCCUCGUGUACGGCGUGUACGAGGACGACGCGAGGGUCAAGUGGAGCCCGUCGCAGAUCUUUGGCAACGAGCUGCGCAUCAUCGGCUCGUUCUCCCAGGUCUACUGCUUCCCGCGCGCCGUCGAGCUCCUCGAGUCGGGCAAGGUCAACGUCAAGGGCAUGGUCACGGACGUCUACACCAUCGACCAGUGGCAGGAGGCCCUGGACAAGAUGAACUCGCGCAAGGCGCUCAAGAUUGCCAUCCGUCCCAACUAG